AUGGAUAACUACGAGUCCCCCUCAGAAGUUUUAAAGAAAAAGGGAAGAAUAGAAGAAAAAGAAAGAGAAAGAGAAAGAGGAAAAGAAAGAGGAAAUGAGAAAAAAGACAAAUUGAAAUUUAUCGACAUUUUUAACGAGAGUAAUAAUGAUGAAGAAGAGGAUGAGGAAAAUAUCGUUAAUGUUUUAACAAAAAAAAAAAUAAUUCAUGCUAAAAGAAAAGGAAAAAGCAAAAAUUUAUCCCUUUUUGAAGGAAUACAAAAUGUACAUAGUACAGAUUUGGUUAAUUCCAAUUUUGGAAGUUGUAAUGUGCCUAAUUCAGGCACCAUUCAUUGUAAGCUUAGUACAGAAAAAAAUUCAACAGGGUUUAAUGAAAACUAUCGAAUUCGAAAUAUUUUGAAUAAUUUUGAAAAGGAUGAUGUAUAUAGCAAUGCAUACUUGAUUAAUGAAAUUUAUAGACUGAAAGCAGAAAUGGAAGAAUCGAAACAAAAAGAAUAUAAAACCAAUGAGGAAACAAAAAUAAUAAAAGAAAAAAAUGAUAUUCUCAGUAAAAGCAUUAAUGACAUGAAAAAUGAAAUGGAAAAACUUCAAAAUAUUUAUGAUGAAGAAAUUGUGAAAAUCAAGGAAUCUUAUGAUAGACGGGUUUUAGUUAUACAGUCUGAGUUGGAUGAAAGGGAAAAUUAUUUUAAAAAAAAAAUUGAUGCGUAUCAAGAAGAAUUCGAUACUCAACUGAGGGAUUACAAAAGUAAAUACUAUGAUGAAAAAAAAAAAACUCAAGAAAAGGAAAAACUCAUCGAAGAGGCUGCAAACGAGCGAGAGAAAAUCAUUGUAGAAGCUUCAAACGAGCGACAGAAAAUUAUCGAAGAGGCUGCAAACGAGAGACAGAAAAUUAUCGAAGAGGCUGCAAACGAGAGACAGAAAAUUAUCGAAGAGGCUGCAAACGAGAGGGAAAAACUCAUCCAAGUACACAAGGCAGAACUAGGAGAAUGUCAAAGCAAAAUAACCAAGAUGAAGGAACGGGAAAAUGAACUAACUAUCUUACUAAACGAAGAAAAAGAAAAAUAUAUACAAAUAAAAAUGGAGACAGAAAAAUAUGAAAAGGAGAUACUCACGCUGAAUGAAAUAAUAAAUAAAAAAAAUGACAAUAUUAAAAAUAUGGUUAAUGAUAUUUUAUUAGUAAAAAAUGUUUAUGAUGAUCUAGCAAAGGAAAAAGAACUAAACGAAGUCAGCAAGAAGAAUCUUUUUAAAAAAAUAGAUGAAUAUGAAAAAGAUUUGUUAUAUUUGAAAAAUAACAUAGAAGGAUACAGACUUAAUAAUGACAAGUUGAGAAAGUCAAAUCAGGAUCUUAGUGAAAAUAUUCGCAAAAUGGAGCAUCAAAUUAAUAGUCUAAAAAAUGAAAACGAUUUUUUAAAAAAAGAAAAUUCUGUUUUUAACAAAAAUUUUUUAAAUGCAAAAGAAGGAAAUAAAGGUGUGCAUAUAGAGUAUUAUUCCGAUUCUACAGAUGCAAAGGAUGAGUCACACGCAGGGUGCAGUUCAUCCAGUGUUGCUAGUAGUCUGGAAAGGGACACUUUGGAAAGGCAUAAUUUGGAAAGAAAUACUUUGGAAAGGGACACUUUGGAAAGACACAAUUUGGAAAGAAACAAUUCGUGCAAACUGCAUAAAGUUACGACCCAUCCCAGGGAAAUAACUCAAGAUAAAGAAGAUAACGAAGAAGGUAAGGUAAAAGGUGCAAGAGAAACGAGCAGCACUGGUGAAGGAAAAUACACAAAGAGAAAGAAAAAAACCAACUCCAAAAAAAAAAUUAACUUAAAGAAAAAAAAGGGAAAAAAUUUCGUAAAAGCAGUAAGCAACAGGGAGAAAAUUUUAACUACCAAUUGGGAUUCUAAAAAUAAUAGUCCAGAUGACAGUGAUAAGGAAAGCGAUGAUACCACGGAAGAGGAAAAUCCUAAUGUUGAAGAAAAGUACGCCCUUAAUGUAUUCGAAGGCAGUGGAAGCAAACUAAAAUGCAUAACAGAGGAGAAAAGAAGUAGCAGUAAGGACAGACGAAAAAAUACGGAAGAUUAUGAAAAAGUAGAUGAGGAAGACUAUCUUAACAAUCUUGAGUAUGAUCAGGAGAAUAAGAAACCAUACUAUUUGGAAAAAAAAGAAAUACACAUUUCUGAUGUAAGACAAGACAUUGUCAAUUUAGCUAGGGAUAAUAUGGAUAUUAAAACUUAUGGAUCAGGUUACAAUGAGGUGCCAAUUUCUAACCGAUUUCAACACAUUAGUAACUUUUUAGAAAAAAGCAGAAUUGGUGAGAAGAAGAAAAAAAAAAAAAUGAAAAAAAAUGAAAAAAUUACAUGCAAUUUGAAUUCGACCAAUUUGUUUAAUAAAGAGUUACGUAGCAAUAAAUAUUUAUAUGACUUAAAUUUAUAUAGCUUGAAAAAGUAUAACAUAUUCAGCUUCAGUAAUAGUGUAAUACCACUAAACAAAACAUACAAUAUGACCAGUAUAUUGAAUAAGAAACCUAGUUUGUCAGAUGAUGUUCCAAAUUUCGAUUUUGGAAUUAACUCAACCAAUAGUUGGACAGCAAGGACUGAAAGAUGCAUUCCUGUGAUAAAAGAUUCUUCUUCUGGCAUUGCAAAAGGUGAGGAAGAUGAAAAUAAUCACGAAAUUGUUAGUAGGGGAGAAUUACCUAUAUCUAGCUCAAUUCUGAAUGGAUGUGAAAAUAUAAAAAGGAGCAAGGAAAUUGGAAUCUAUACAAAUAUUUCGCAGAAAAGUGAAAAAUACACAAAAGAAGGAGUAACAAAGGGAAAUCACACAAAUGAUGACAUGGAAAAAAACAAAACGAUUGACUACUUCUUAGCCAAUAUACAAAGCGAAAAGAUAGAAAAGAUAAAUUCUAACGAAAUUGUGAUGAAGAGGGAAAAAAAUAACCUGAAAGAAUUACUUAAUAGACACGGUUCUCAUAACAGCACUUGGGAAAUGAGGAAGGAGCAGGUGUUGCACACAUUGUUGAGAGGUUCUGAUUUUCCACGUAAUUUCUUGGUUAAAGGGAGUGAGUAUGAGGAAUACAGUGAUAUAAACCAGGGAUGUGCAAAGAGAAUGGAAGUGGAAUUUAGUCAUAAAAAUGGAAAUGGAUAUGGAUAUGAGAAUGGAAAUGGAUAUGCGAAUGGAUAUGAGAAUGGAAAUGGAUAUGCGAAUGGAUAUGAGAAUGAAAGCGAUGUAUGUGAUGACGAUGCGAAUAAACUCAUCUGCGAGGGUGAUAAGAGUCACCUCCCGUCUGAACGUUUGGAAAAUCUGAAGAGCCACACUGAUAUCCGGUCUUACCUACUUACUAAAUGCAGAAGCAAAAGUAAUAUAUACGGCUUGUUUAUCAUUAACGAACGAUUGAAGAGUAUAUACAAAAAUAUCGAAAGCAAGAGAAAAUCAACUAGUAAUUUUCCCGUGAAUUUGUCAAGAAUUGAGAAUGAAAAAAAAUUUAGUAACUCCUUUAACAUUGUAGAAACGGGAAAUUUAAUUCAUGAAAUUAAGGGACAUACUCCUAUGCUACCUUCUCCUGGGUUUAGAAAAGUUCUAAAUGAAAUGACCUUCAAUGCUGAGGAUGAAAAGAACUCGAAGGAAUUUCAUAUUAAUAUACAAAAUAGAUAUACUAAACAGGGUGUAACAAAUGACGUAGAAAAACAUAAUAAUUUCAUAUCAGAAAUUAAUUGCUCUUAUCUGAUGGGUAAUGAUAGUAACAAAUACGUAGAAAUUGAGGAAGAAUCAUUACCCAAUGGUAGUAAAAAAAAUGGAAAAAAUAAUUUUUUUAAAAUUUCAAAACGUAUGAACAAAUCAGGUAAAAAGUGGGAAAAUAGUUACUCCAAUUUGGAAAAUAAUGAAUUAAAUCAUUUUUUAAAAAGAAAAAAUGACACAGGAAAUGUUAGUUCUUUUUCAGUUUUUUCUGAUAAAAAUCAGUCAUCCAAUGUAUCCAAUGUGGAACGUGCUUCACCAUUUGAUUCUUAUUGUAUGGGGAAAGAAAAGGCACAAAUUGUGACAAAAGAAAGGGAGGAAGAAAAUGCACAAAUUGUGACAAAAGAAAAGGAGGAAGAAAAUGUACAUUUGCAUGAACGAGAAAAAGCUGGUUAUGUUGAAAGAAAUUCUCUUUAUAAAGAGGGAACCGAAAAAAAUGUUUCGUUUGUAAACAUGAAAAGGGAAAUCUUUCAGGAAGAAGCAGAUCUAAUUGUUAAUAAAACUUUGAAUGUGCAUUUAGGGUGUGAUAACAGUUUUCCACAUCUGCCGAGUCAACAGAAUCGGGAAAAACAUGCCAAAUGGAUGGAAAUUAAGAAAAGUAUAAUGAAUGGUGGCUCAUUACAAAUAAAUAAAAAGAGAGAAGCGGGAGAAAAAGAUGAAGAAAAUGAUGAAGAAAAUGAUGAAGAAAAUGAUGAAGAAAACGAUGAAGUAAAAGAAGAACAACAGGACGAAGCUGAAGGAAGCGAGAGAUUCGACUUAAAUUCUAUAUUUAAUUCCAAUUUUAACAAUUUUUUAUUGUCUUAUAAGAGUAAGAAAAGAGAUUUCGUUGGUGUUCGCUCUUCCAAUGUUUCUUCUCCGUCUUCUCCCACUUCUCCGACUUUUCCCACUUCUCCGACUUCUCCCGCUUCUCCGACUUCUCCCACUUCUCCGACUUUUCCCACUUCUCCGACUUCUCCCACUUCUCCGACUUCUCCGACUUCUCCCACUAAGAGUAGAAACUUGGAACUUUUGAAGAAAAAAGAAAGUACCUCCUCCUAUGUUAAACCAUAUGUGAAAAAUUUCAUGAAUAGGACAAAGGAAAAUUCAAACUUUGAAAAUUACAUAAACCGGUUGAAGAAACAGAGAGAUAAAAGAGGAAAGGGUAGAUACAAAAAUGUCGUGUAUGCUAAUCAUUUGGAUAUAUGGGAUAAGCAUUUUCAUUCCACAAAUAUACAUACUACAAGUAAUAGCAGAAAAUUGGAUAAAAUGACAACAAGAGAAAACUGCUUAAAGUCAGAAUCUCCAAAAAAUAGUAAUGCACAUUACUAUGACAAGAUGCCUAUUCAUAAAAUUAUAAAUUUUGGUAAUAUUCAGAAGAAUGAAAAUUUAAAGGAUGGGAAUAUGAAAGAGAGUGAGAAGUUUCUAUUUAAUAGCAACACUAUAGUGUCGAAUGAUGCCAAGGAACACUUGAUGAAAUAUGACAAUAUUGUAAAGAGACAAAUAACAAAUGCACAUUUCAUCAAUUUAAUUAAAAAUAGAAAUCAAAGGAAUACAUGUGUGCACAAAGAUAAGAUAAAUUCUUGCUCAAGUUCAACCAGUCGAAACAGUAGUGUAUCAAAUAAAAGUGAAAAAAUAAAAUGGAAAUCCUUGCAAAGGCUCGAAGAAUUUUCAGAUACUAAUAUUUCAAUGGAUAGAUCUAGUGGGGAGAAAAAAAAAAAAAAAAAAAAAAAAAUGCUUAUUCACGUAGAAUGA